GCGUCUCCCGGACACCAGACGUCAGACCCUCUGAGUGCCCCUCGGAAUAAGACAGUGUUUGCUACGGUACGGCGAGACUGUCACCCGAUGUGCGAGUCCACGUCGACUCUGACAGGUUACCUGGGAUUGCCAUUUCUCAAGAGAAGAGUUGAGGGGGAAAAAGAAAGGCUCCUGGUCUUCUUAAAACCAUGUGUCAGGAGAUGGUGACCUUCAGAGACGUGGCAGUUGACUUCUCCCAAGAAGAAUGGGAUUGUCUGAAUUCCUCUCAAAGGCAUUUGUACAGUCAUGUGAUGUUGGAGAACUAUAGGAUCUUGGUGUCUCUGGGCCUUUGCUUUUCUAAGCCAAGUGUGAUAUUCUUGUUGGAACAAGGAAAAGAGCCAUGGACGGUGAAGGCAGAGCUGACAGACAGAUUGUCCACAGACUGGGAGUCUAUGUAUGUGACUGAAGAAUUAAUCCCAAAGCAGGAACUUUACGAAGAACAGUCAUCUAGAAAGAUAAUAGAAGAACUUAGAAGUAUUGGCCUUGAGUAUCCCAGGUUGAUGGGAGAAUGGAGCCAUGAGCAGCAUUUUGAGAGGCAAUCUGAGAAUCUAAAAGUGUAUUUCAAGGAAGAGACCAUUAGUUUUAAAGCUGUGGUUGAUAACAGAUCCUGGGGAAGUUUCUAUCAGAACACAUUGCUUCAUGAACAACAGACAGCCCCCAAAGAGGAGAAUGUGUAUAAACAAGGCACACACAAGAAAAGCUUGAAGAAAAGCUUGAAGACUGUUAAGCCCAGGAGUAUCUACACAGAGAAGAAACUUUUGAAAUGCAAUGACUGUGAGAAAGUCUUUAGCCAGAGUUCCUCCCUUACUCUCCAUCAAAGAAUUCAUACUGGGGAGAAACCCUAUACAUGUAUAGAAUGUGGGAAAGCCUUCAGCCAGAGAUCAAACCUUGUUCAGCAUCACAGGAUUCAUACCGGAGAGAAACCCUAUGAAUGUAAAGAAUGUCAGAAAGCUUUCAGUCAGAAUGCACAUCUAGUUCAACACCUGAGAGUUCAUACUGGAGAAAAACCUUAUGAAUGUAAGGUAUGCAGGAAAGCCUUCAGCCAGUUUGCUUAUCUUGCUCAGCAUCAGAGAGUUCAUACUGGAGAGAAACCUUAUGAAUGUAUGGAAUGUGGAAAAGCAUUUAGCAAUAGGUCAUCCAUUGCUCAACACCAGAGAGUUCACACAGGAGAAAAACCUUAUGAGUGCAGGGUCUGUGGAAAAGCAUUUAGCCUUCGUGCAUACCUUACUGUGCAUCAGAGAAUACAUACAGGGGAGAGACCCUAUGAAUGUAAGGAAUGUGGGAAGGCUUUUAGCCAAAAUUCACACCUUGCUCAACAUCAAAGAAUUCAUACAGGAGAAAAACCUUAUAAAUGCCAGGAAUGUAGGAAGGCCUUCAGCCAGAUUGCCUACCUUGCUCAACAUCAAAGAGUUCACACUGGGGAGAAACCUUAUGAAUGUGUUAAGUGUGGGAAGGCUUUUAGCAAUGACUCAUCCCUUACUCAACACCAGAGGGUUCAUACUGGAGAGAAACCUUAUGAAUGUAAUGUUUGUGGGAAGACUUUCAGUUACUGUGGAUCCCUUGCCCAGCAUCAGAGAAUUCAUACAGGAGAGAGACCCUAUGAAUGUAAAGAAUGCAAAAAAACCUUCAGGCAACAUGCACAUCUCGCUCAUCAUCAGAGAAUUCACAUAGGAGAGUCACUUGCCACUCAAUCCAGGAAAUCACCAAGUCCUGUAAAUCCCAUCUCCUAAAUAUUUCUGAAAUGUAUGUUUUUUUUCUGUCUUCAAUGCUGACCACUGCUAUACUGUUCUAAUGGGUUUUCCAGUAUUUAUUAUUACUAUCUUUAAAUCUUUUCCCAUAAUGUACCCAAAAUGAUUUUAUUUUGAGGUGGGAUCUUGUGUACCUCAAGUUGGCCUCAACUCAUUAUCUUCCUGUCUCUGCCCCUCAUGUGCAAGUGCUGAGAUUACAACUGUGUGCUAUCAUACCUAGCAGAUUUUGUUAAGUGUAAGGAUUAAUGCAUCACCAUCUCCACCUAAAAUUGUUUUUUGAUUGCUAUUGGUUUUAGACUAAUCAAGACCCUUUAAAAUUGUAUGUAAGACUUCUCAUUGGUCCAAACCUAACAUUCAGCUUUAUUUUAUCCCCAUCUCCUUUAGGACCUAGACACUUCUUAAGACUAUGAGCUUAGAUUCUGAGAAAUCAUAAUUCUACCCUACUAUGGUAUUGUGUGCGUUUGAACAAUUUAUUUGACUUAUUUAAACCUCAGGAUUUUAAUCUAAAAUAGGGAUAUUAAAGGCAUUAAAGGUAUUGUGCAGAUGUAUUAAAUGAAAGUGUCUGUUGAAAAUUAAUGCACACUGAGAUGAGAAAUUUGCAUGCAGAGUACUUAACAUAGGACAUCAACUAUAGCAGAUACUCAGGAAAUAGUAAUGCCUAACAUGAAUUAGGUGCAUACUAGGCACCAGGCACUGUUCAGUAUAGUUAGCAUAUUUGAACUCUUUUACUUCUCACAACUCAAACAAGAUUCGUUGAACCUCUUUGAAAAACACCUGACCAGAAUUGAGAAAACCUAAACAUUUUAGAACAUAAAUGGGAGUUUCCAUCCUCUUUGUGAAUAAUCACUAUAGACACCGGAAUUAAAACAAUAAUUGGUUACUAGUGUUUUACCAAGUUUCUAAAGAGAAUGGAGUAGAUUAAACCAAUAAGAUAGGAUUCACUGGGAAGUAUCAGCACUUACGUUUAGAUCAGGAAAAUAGAAUUCACAAUUAUCUCUAAAAACAUAAAGCAAAAAUGGGUAGUUCCCAUCAAAAGACACUAAACCUAAAUAAUUAUGUGAGUUAAUUCAGGUAUGAAAACACAUCAAUUGUUUUAUACAUAGAAAAUAUAGUUUUCAAGCUUUUAUCCAGUGGUUUCCAAAGUGAAAUCACAAGUAAAACUACAGAUUUUUAUUCUUUCUGUAACAAAUGAGUAGCUACUCUUUAAACACCCUAAAGCAUAUGAUGUGAGCAAUAUGAAUACUACAUUCUCACCAGUUAAAUUUCAGAGUGAGAAAGAGUUAAUAAUACUUAGAUAGCAUGGUGUCACACACCUUAAUCCCAGCACUUGGGAGGCAGA